AUGCCUUCGAUUAUAUCCAAUUACUCUACCGUCGAUUCAAAGACAGAUGAAGAGGUCCCGGAAAAACAAACCGCCGCACUCGUCAGAGAGUUGGGCGGCGACGUUAAAUUCGAUACCGAUUACUCUGUUCCCAAGCCAGCACGUAACGAAGUACUUGCAAAAGUUCUGUAUACAGGCGUCUGUCAGAGUGACCUACAUACGAAGAACGGCACCGCAGCUGGAGUCGACGGAAAGCCAAUUCUUAAUAUCAAACUUCCUCACGUGGGCGGUCACGAAGGUGUUGGACGGAUUGUUGCCCUUGGCCCAGAUUGCAAGAAUGACAUUCGGAUUGGGCAGGUCGUUGGUAUCAGGUUCGCGAGUCGAAUUUGCCGUCGGUGCGAGUACUGCCUCGCUGGAAAGGAGCAGCACUGCUUCAAUUCAACUAAUCACUUGCAUCAUGAGGACGGCAGCUUCCAGCAGUAUGUGGCGCUGGAUGGGGACUACCUCACGAUCUUGCCGGAUGAUGUGCCGCUGCACCUUGUGGGACCUGUGCUUUGUGCGGGUCUGACAGCUUAUAAAGCUGUAAUGAACUGCGAGUUGAGGCUCGCAGAUUGGUUGGUGGUCACGGGUGCGGGUGGUGGGCUGGGGCACUUGGCAGUGCAAUAUGGCAAAGCCAGAGGCGCCCGCGUGAUCGCCAUCGAUACCGGGGACCAAAAGCGCGACUACUGCCUCUCACUCGGCGCGACACACUUCCUAGAUUUCAAGAAGAUCAGGUCCGUCCCCGCUGCAGUCCAAGAGCUCACCAAUGGCGGUGCCCACGCUGUAGUCUGCACGUCCGGUAAUCCCAAGGCAUAUGCCAUGUCCGCCGAGUGCCUGCGCAAGAAUGGCACGCUGGCAUGUGUGGGAAUCCCUCCCGGUGGACCCUUCUUGGAGACGCCUAUCUCCACAAUCGUCAUCAAAGGGCUGCGCAUUGUGGGCAGCUUGGUCGGCAGUCUGAAAGAGACGCUUGAGGCUGUUGAGUUGACAAGACUGGGAAUUGUCGUACCGAAUGUGAAGAUCCGGCCGUUCAGGGACCUACCCGCGGUGUAUAAGGAGUUGGAAAACGACGCGGUCACUGGAAGGGUAGUGCUAGACGUGGCUAAUAACUACUGA